AUGAGCCUGGCUUGGAGCGUUGGCCGUGCCUGGAGUCGGCAAUGCCUCUCGCAAGCUGCGGCCCGCCCAUCAUGGCACAUACGCCGACCGAGAACAUCGCUGUAUAGUACAACUUUGACACCAACACUCCUCACAUCGCUUCGCGCCUACGCUACGUCGAAUAAUAAGCCUACGCCCGCCCAACUUGAGGCUCGAAUUGCCGCGAUUCCGAUCGAGCGAUACCGCAACUUUUGUAUCGUGGCGCAUAUCGACCAUGGGAAAAGUACCCUGAGCGAUCGACUGCUGGAAUACACGGGCACGAUAUCGGCUAGCGAUGCGAAUAAGCAAAUUCUCGACAAGCUGGAUGUUGAGCGCGAGCGUGGUAUUACUGUCAAGGCGCAGACAUGUACCAUGAUCCACAAGUACAAGGGCGAGGACUAUCUGCUGCAUCUUGUCGAUACGCCCGGCCAUGUGGAUUUCCGAGCCGAAGUUACGAGAUCGUAUGCCAGCUGUGGUGGUGCGCUGCUUCUAGUUGAUGCGUCGCAGGGUAUUCAGGCGCAGACAGUGUCCAACUUCCAUCUUGCGUUUGCACAGGAUCUAGCGCUUGUCCCCGUGGUCAACAAGAUCGAUAUGCCUGCUGCUGAUGUCCCUCGUGUGCUUCAGCAGAUCGAGGACAGUUUUGAGUUGGAUCCUAAAAGUGCGAUUCUGCUGAGUGCCAAGACGGGCAAGGGAGUGCCAGAUGUCCUGCCUGCGGUUAUUGAGCGGAUCCCCCAUCCUGUGGGUGACGAGAAGAAGCCGCUGAAGAUGAUGUUGGUGGACUCUUGGUAUGAUAACUUCCGUGGCGUUGUGCUCUUGGUCAGGUUGUUCGACGGCACGAUAAAGGCUGGCGAUAAUGUCAUUUCCAUGGGUACGGGUAUGAAGUACACUGUUGGCCAAGUAGGCAUUCAAUAUCCGCACGCCAUACCCCAACCGACCCUCAGCGCCGGGCAAGUCGGAUACGUCUACUUCAACCCAGGCAUGAAGAAGAUCCAAGACGCAAAGCUCGGCGACACAUUUACCUUUGUCGGCUCCGAAGACAAAGUCGAGCCUUACCCGGGCUUCGAGGAGCCCAAGCCCAUGGUCUUCGUGGCGGCAUUCCCCACAGACCAAAGUGACUACAGCCGUCUGGCCGACAGUAUCGGACAGCUUGUGCUGAACGACCGUAGCGUGACGCUGCAGAAGGACCACUCUGAGGCGCUGGGGGCUGGGUGGCGUUUGGGAUUCCUGGGCAGUUUGCACUGCUCUGUGUUCCAGGAUCGACUGAGACAGGAGCAUGGACGGAGUGUUAUCCUGACAGAACCGACUGUGCCGUCCAAGAUUAUUUGGCCAGAUGGAUCAGAGGAAGUGGUGUCGAAUCCGGCGCUGUUUCCUGAUACCAGUAAUCCAAAGGUCAAGCAGUCUAUGUUAUUUGAGCCCUAUGUGACGGCAACUGUCACCAUGCCUGAGGAGUAUCUCGGCAGAGUUAUUGAGCUCUGUGAGGCCAACCGUGGAGAGCAGAAGAGUUUAGAGUUCUUCCACACAACACAAGUUAUUCUACGAUAUGAGAUUCCAACAGCCCAAUUAGUUGAUGAUCUCUUUGGAAAGCUCAAGAGUGUUACCAAGGGCUAUGCCACGCUGGAUUACGAGGAUGCAGGUUGGAAGCAGAGUCAUCUGUCCAAGCUGCAACUUCUUGUGAACAGACAACCUGUUGAUGCUAUUUGCAAGGUUGUGCAUUCAUCGCAGGUUGAUCGUCUGGGGAAGCAGUGGGUGACUAAGUUCAAGGAACAUGUUGAUAGACAACAUUUUGAGGUUGUCAUCCAAGCUACAGCGGGCAACCGUAUCGUGGCCAGAGAAACCAUCAAGCCUUUCCGUAAGGAUGUGCUUGCCAAGCUUCACGCCGCUGAUGUAUCAAGAAGAAGGAAGUUGCUUGAGAAGCAAAAGGAAGGUAGAAAGAGGUUGCGUGCCGUGGGUAAUGUCAUCAUUGACCAGUCCGCUUUUCAAAGUUUCAUGUCGAGAUGA